GUGUGAGAGGAAAUAAGUGUAUGGUGAGCUUGAUUAUAAAAGUUAUUUUGAUACUUGAUAAUAAAAAUUCAACAGCUUGCUUGCUCGAUUGGUUCAUGAGUAUGGACCAGAGGUUGACUGAGGCGGCUCAAAUACAAGAUAUUGGUGAGAGAUUGAGGCAGGCCGCUCGAGCAGGAGAUAUUGACGCGUUGUAUGCUCUAAUCCGUGAAGAUGCUCGUGUUUUGGAACGUGUCGAUGAGGUGCCUUUUGUUGACACUCCAUUGCAUAUAGCUGCAUCUGCAGGACAUAUUCAAUUUGCUAUGGAGAUAGUGAACUUGAAGGCAUCGUUUACCAGGAAGCUAAACCCAGAUGGGUUUAGCCCCAUGCACCUUGCUUUGCAGAAUGAGGACAUGGUAAUGGUGAUGUGGCUCAUAGAUGUUGAUGGAAGCCUCGUCCGUGUCAAAGGAAAAGGGGGUUUCACUCCUUUGCAUCAUGCAGCUGAAAAUGGAAACUUGUCUAUUUUGAGAGAAUGUUUUACAGGUUGCCCCGAAUCUAUAAAAGAUGUUACCUUCCAAGGCGACACUGCUUUACACAUUGCAGUAAAGAAACACCAAAAGGAUGCUUUUGAAUUUUUGUUGAUGGAAUGGCUUAGGAGUUCUUCAUUCGAAGAUGCAGAUUUUUGGGAAGUAGAGCUCCUCAACUGGAAAAACAAGGAAGGUAAAACCGUUCUGCACAUUGCUGCUUCGGAGGAUAGAUGGGAAGAUCGACAUCAGGUGCUAAAAAUGUUGCUGGGAUGUCAUGCUAGAACUGAUAUAAAAGAUCUUGCUGGUUUGACGGCUAUGGAAAUCCUGAAAGGCCAAGUUGGAUUAACGGAAAAACAAAUUUGGAAUAUGCAAGUAGCCGGCGCAAGAUUAUCGUUUCCAUUAAUAUUAUUACAUAUAUUAUAUAAAAGAGUAAUAUCUUCAUUAAUAUUAUUAUAUAAAAGUGUGAUAUCUCCUAGACAUUCAGUCCGUCAGGAAGCUCGGACAUCGAGAUUGAAGUCAAGGUCUUGGGUGUGGAAAUUAUUUCGGCGUAGGAAAUGGAAAUCAAGUGAGAGGCGCAAUACAGAGCUGUUAGUUGACACGCUGAUUUUAACAGCCAUGUACCAGGCAUCACUGAGUCCACCUGGUGGUCUUUGGCAGGGCACUGCAGAUAUUAAUUUGCCUAUUCGUGUCAGUAAUUCUUCUACUUCUGUGGCAACUUCUCCACACUUCACGGGUACAUCAGUAAUGUCUCGGACCAACCUUCUUACAUUUUGCAUUGCAUUCACUGGCUUGUUCACCCUUAACAGCUUGGCGAAUAAUUUCAAAUCUUACGCAAGACUAUAGCGAAUUAUCGUUUAGCAUUUUUUCUGUUUAUUGGUUGAUGGGUUCCUACACGUUUUCAAUGGUAGUCAUAACACCGCCGAAGGCUGAUGGCAACUCUAGCUUUAGAAUCUUAUUUACUUUUUAUUACUAUGCAAUAUUUUUGCUUGGAACCCUCAUAGGGUUUGUUCUUUACUACUUAGCAUUACCUAGUGAGCCUAGAGUAAAACGCAGAAGACCUCGUCAGACAAUUCUUGGCAGGAAAGAAUGGUGGUAAUAGAUAUACAGAUAUUGGGACAUUCUUGUAUUGUCUAGUGUACUGUGAAUUCAAGAUAUAAUUUAAAAUAGGCAAAAUCUACAUGUUCAUAUAUUAAUUGGCGAUGGAUCAAUUCUAAAUAAAUUUUGUUAUAGAUCUCA